AUGGAGUCCCAAGCUAGUCUUCAGCAUUUCAGCAGUGUGUUGGCCCACAUAGAGCAAGGUACUGUCGAGAGCAUCACGUCUGGUGAGAUUAGGGUUGACAUUGAGACUUGCAAGGAGCGUUUUGCUGUCAGGUGUUUGACGUGCUUGCAUCAGGUUUGGGUGAAGAGCAAGGGGGGUGCAGGGUUGCUGAUGCUCAAGUUCCGCAAAGGCGAUCGUGGUGCUUCGAUGGGGUACCUCAUCAGCGCUGAGAUUCCAAAGUCGAAGCAAUGCAAGCAGAUUGUGUGCUUGAGCUGCGUCCACAAACUGCUCGGCGUGGUGACGGAGAGCACUGAUGGUCUGUUGGUCACGUUGAGCAAACGAAAGGAUGGCGGACAAGACACGGCCGUCUUGCGGCGUGAGACGCGAAGAAGUCCUUGGAGCCAGGCCCUCGAGCUCACGGACGAUCUGCUGAGCUUCCUCUGUCGAGAGAAUGCGAGAACGAUGCCAGUGCAGAGGCUAGUUGCCAUGGCGGCCUCCCAAAUUGGCAGGCGAGGGAUGGCAAAAGGGGUGCGGCCAAGGGCGAAAGGCGCUGCGGAAGAAACGAACACCGAGGAGGGGUCGGCGCUGGGCAUCAAGGCUCAGGGGGUGCGCUACCUCGAAAUGAUGGCGUCCCCCGAGGGAUUGGCCCGUGUCUACCUACCGACGGAAUCGGCAUCACCUCCGCUUAGGCUCUACAUGAGUGCUUGGGAUCACAACGGAAAGGGCCGACCAAAGGAGUUGGGGAAGCCAUCGAAGACCCACGCGCUUCCAGAGACCGUCUGGUGGAGCACGCUCGGCGAGCUCUGCUGCACCUGCGAUCAUAGAGGUCGGCUCAUGGAGAACGCGCCUUGCGUUCACAAGCUAGCGAUGGCGGCCAUCAGCGAAAGUUGGGCCCCGACGGCGGAGCCGCCUACUCACGAGUCGUUCGGCAGGGGGGCGAGGGUCGAACGGAUCGGAGUGGACGCGACGGGGAGCUACUUUGCCGUGGCCGAGAACCUCCAAGGGGCUCCGGGCCCGAAGAGGCGCAUGCUGUUUCGGAGCAGCAAGGGCGCGUGGUAUUGUGAGGGCAAGCGGGACGGCUGCCCAAGCCUCGUGGAUUGCUCCCACGUCUUGGCGGCAAAGAAGGCUCUGAGGUCGGAUGAAGGAGACGUUUCCAUGGCCGACCAGCUGAUCCUGAGGCUCUCGGAGCCCCUGUCGAGAGCCGCGAUGGACUGGCUCAAGGCAUGGAACGGGUCCAAGUUGCCGGAGAUUGGAGGGGUGCCCACGGCAGGUCCCUCCUCGCAAGGGGGGGGUGAUGCGGGGCUAUCGGAGGAGGAGCGGUACCUCGUUGAGUUGCUCGAGAAGCGGCCCCACGAGCCGGCAAAGUGCGCCGGCGACUCGUGCUUCUGUCAACAGCACGAUCGGCUGUUUGGAGAGGCCGUCGCACACGUUUUUGAUGAUUGGGGGAGCAAGGGGGGCGACCGUGGAAGGGAGGGGGGGUUGGUUGAGGAGCAGCCCCCUCGCAAACGGGCGAGGCGGAACAAGACCUUUUGGGAGGCGCACAAAGAGGGCUCGCAGCCAGCAACAAGAGUAGGGUGGGACGCUCGGCCGCCAACGGAAGCAAGGGGGAAGGAGGCGAUCCGGGGUUGGAUCGACGCGUGCACGAGCUGCUCGAUGGCCUCCCUGGCAUCCGCGGGCGGUCGAUGCGAGCACGGAGAGGCUUCGCGGGUUCGCGCCCCCGUCAUGCUUCUGACAACGGAGGCCGUUCAAGUCUUGAGGCCCAAGCUGGCGCGACUGAGCGACGCGCAUGCCGUUCACGAUCCGCUCGUGACUUCGCUCAACCGCCCUGUUCCCGUGAGCAAGCUGAGGGAUUGCCACUUUGCGGAGCUGUCAGAGAAGGGCCUGUUGAGCGCGCCCUGCCCUUUGGGCCCCCCAGCGUGUGGCGGUUCGUGGGUCGAGCAGUGGGUCGAAGCGGCCGUCACGGCCUCGCAAUGGAGCCAACAAGUGCGGGUGCGAGUGUACCAUUGUCAGUGCCUCAACGCGGCGCACGCGAUCCACUUCGAUGGCGAGCAUUUGGGGCUCUUCACGUGGAACCGCAGGACGAUCUUCGUCCAAGAGAGCUUGCAACUGCUCUUGCGGGGCAUGCAGCACGGCCAUUCCUUCAAGGCCGAGCUAGCAACUCAUCAAGCGGCCUUCCAACGGUCGCCGGAAGUGGCCGUCUUGAGCGAGGAGACGUGGCGGAGGGCGAGCCUCGACUUCUUCAAGCUGGUCGGGCUCGGGCUACGAGACUGCUGCUCGCUAUGCGGGCCCCAUCCCAAGGUGCUGCUUUGCGACGGCAUCGUGGGGUUGGCGAGCACCGACGGCGCGCAAAAGCCUGGGGGGCUUGGCAGCUCCUCCCUCGACGCGCAACGUACGUUCUGCCACCCGAGCCGAGAGUCGAGCGGAACGCUCCUCGAGAAGAGCUCGAUUUCGGGGCGCGACUAUUGCGGAGCCGGCCUCGAGGGCGGCGGCAUGAAGCGCAAGCUUUUAUUGCAACCGGAGCUACGAGAGGCGAUCGCGCGCCUCUCUCAGCACCGCCCUAAGGAUGAAAAGGUAGGGGAACGGCUUUCGAAGGCGGAGUUUGAGGCGCUCCUGGACGGGCUCGCUCACGAGGACCCUCGAAUCGUGAAGCGAUUUGGGCCUGGUGAGGAUGAAGGGCCGCUUCCGGAAGACGGCAGGAGGCGCCUCCUCGUUGAGCAGCGGACCAUGGUGCGGGACCGCAACCUGGCCGUCUUCGAGUUGCUGACGAGCAUCCAAGCCGACUUUGCGAGACGGGGAUUGAGCCCAAACGUCUGGGAGCACUGGGUUGGCGAGUGGACCGAGCUCCUCUACUCCCUCGGCGCGCACGAUUCGGACGAGGACCUGAUCGGAGUUGCCACGCUGCACGUGGUCCGGAAGCUCUUGCUGGGCGGCGAGGCCUCUCUCGAGGACCGCCGCGAGUUGGGACGAGAGGCGCCCGUCUUGCGGCGGCUCCUGGACUCGUACGGAGGGCUCACGUUUCCCGCGUUCUUCAUGCGCACCCUCCAUCACCUGUACAUGCUCGCGCUCCUUGCUAGGGGAGCAACGGGGUUCGAGGUGAAUGGGCGGCGAGGCUGGGUGCACAAGGCGAUCGACUCGUUCGAAAGAGCGGUCGUCCUUCUUGCGGAGGCCCGAAGGCGCCCCCUGAGCAUCGAGGAGCGCCGACGGCUGGACGAGGCGCGAGGGUUGGCAAACGAGCUGCUCCCAGGGAUCGAGAGAUUGGAGCCGAGCGCGGAGCAAUGGGAGGCCAUGAGCGAUCACGAGCGCUCACUUUUAAGAGAGAGGUUGGGACGAGACGAGGAGGGGGCCGGGCUGCAUCCGCUUCCGUCAGAGCAUAGCUUCCGUGCCGAGCAGGACGCCUUGGCGUGCUACACCCUUCCCGGUUGGGAGCAGAAGCGGGGCUUGACGCACUACUCAAGCUUUGAGCAUCCGGACGGCCGGAGCAGAAGCUCGGAAGAGUUCAAAUGCGCUACGGGAAAGUCGGUGACCGAAUGGGACGCCGAGAACGUACUCGGGCUUGUCAAGGCCGCCGGAAAGCUCUCGGGGAAGAAGGGAAACGCCAGCAAGCGGCCGAAUAGAAGUCGGGGGGUCUUUGUGUUUUGUUGCCCCCACAGAUUGAGCUACGGGUUCCACACGAUGCUGCGUGGGGAGAGCCCAAGGGACGUGUUUGCCGUGCUGUACACGCGGCUGAGACGCGAGGACCUGCCCGAGAUCCUUGUGUACGACAACGCGUGUGCGCGUCGAAAUUAUUGCAUGCGCAGGGCCCCGGGGUACUUUGCCAACGUUAGAUUUAGUGUCGACAGGUGA